UUUCUAAGAUAUCCGUCCCCUUAUGGAUUUUACACAGAUCAAAAUCAGAACAUUUCAAGCAGACCCUUUUGCUUUAACAUGUCCAAUUUUGAUAUGUUUUCAGCUGCUUACAGUGUGAGCCAGGUGAAGUAUCCCUAUCAUUUUUUCACAAAGCAAAAUAGCCUCAGCUCUGCGUAAGUAGCAUCCACUAAUAUUAUGGAUGCGUUUGAGAAAUGAGGACUUUGUACAGAUCAUGUAAUCUACACGUCAUGUUUCAAGGAAUGUCGUGCAACUCAUGACUGUAAGACUUUGCAUUGACUUGGUUUGCUUGUAUGUUACAGAGUUUAAACGCGCCCGAAAUGAAUGAGCGUGACGUUAAAAGGAGGCGCGAGUUUGUUUUCGAACGGAAGCGCCCCCUGUUUAGCAACAACAGCUAGUUCAAUGGUUUGUCUUUGCGUUUGUGCGUGUCAGAUAUAAUGUCAUGCGGCAAAUGUGGACUUUAAUUAGCUAUAUCACUUGACCCUUUAUUGAUUAUUCCCUAGUGUUAUAUUUAGUGCUCAGGCGAAUGGUUUCACUCCAACCUUUUUCUGGUAGUACCUAGCAAACUAGCUUCUAGCUAGCUAGCUGCCUAGACUUGUGAUUACAAAGCUAGCUGCCCGUUAUGCUACUUAAAUAGGUAGCUAGCUACGCAGCUACAGUGGUGAAGUGAAGAUGUCAGUAGAGCUUGACGUAUUUGUGGGCAACACCACCAUCAUGGACAAGGAGGUGUAUCAGUUAUGGCUGAAUGGAUAUACAGUGAAUGAUGCAGUAAAAGUGCGGAUGGAGGGAGGUGUGAUGGAGGAGUGUGAAGCUAGUGCUGAAGUCCUCCUGAGUGACACUAUGGAUCAGUUCCGAACCUUCCAGAUGUGCGAGAGGCUUCUGCAAAAUCCAGCAAAACUAGCUAACCAGCUCCUGUUUCAGAUUCCACCAGAUCGACAAGCGAUGCUGAUUGAAAGAUAUUAUGCUUUUGCUGAUGCCUUUGUUCGUGAGGUCCUUGGAAAGAAACUGUCCAAAGGGACAAAAAAAGACCUUGAUGACGUUAGUGCAAAGACUGGCAUCACUCUGAAGAGUUGCAGACGGCAGUUUGACAACUUCAAGCGAGUAUUCAAAGUGGUGGAGGAACUCAAGGGCCCCCUGGUGGAAAAUAUAAGGCAACAUUUUCUGCUCCCUGACCAGCUAGCAAGGGAUUAUGCUGCCAUAGUGUUCUUUGCCAAUAAUCGCUUUGAGACAGGGAAAAAGAAGCUUCAGUAUCUCACCUUCCAGGACUUUGCCUUCUGUGCUGGACAGCUCAUCAACAAUUGGACGGUUGGAGCUGUGGAUAAUAUGGUGGAAGACAUGGAUGUGGAUCUAGACAAAGAGUUCCUUCAAGACCUCAAAGAUCUCAAAAUUUUAAUUGCAGACAAGGAUCUUUUGGAUCAGCACAAAAGUCUAGUAUGUGUAGCUCUGCGAGGAAAGACCAAAGUUUUCAAUGAAAUGGAGACCAAUUUUAAGAAUCUUUCCAGAGGCCUUGUCAAUAUUGCUGCCAAAUUAACAAAUCCAAAGGAUGUCCGCGAUUUCUUCAUCGAUCUUGUAGAAAAGUUCAUUGAGCCUUGCAAGUCAGACAGAUGGACAGCUACAGACGUCAAUCUCUAUCUCACCCACUACACGAACUCAGCCCACAUACUAGACAGUUUCAAGUACCAGACUGUCUGGACUAGGUACAUGGGAGUUAUCAAAAGCUGCAUCCUCAGAAUGUAUCACGAGUAAUGAAUAGACUUUUUCUGCCCUGUCUUUCUUAAAGCUGCAUUGUGGAUCCACCCAGUCUGAUCACCUUUUGGCCGUCUCUGUAUUUAAAUCCCAUUUUACCAUUUUCCUUCUCUAAUCCUUAGACAAAUACCUCCCUUCAAUAGCUGGCCCUGUCCUCACCUUCCCCCAACCUUAGUCUAAAUCCUCCCUUCCUCCCUCCACAUUCUAGACUCUGUCAAUCAAAAGAAUGACUUGUAAAUAAACAAAGCAUGUUUUCUACA